GCAGUGGGUUCCCAACAGUCCGCCGCGCCACCACAGCGAUAAGAAAGGGAUAUUGAUGGAAAUAAAUGUUUUUCACGAACCCGUAAUCGAAACUCGACUCUACAAUAGUGUAGCCAUGACUUUGUGAACGUUAUUAUUUCAAUUUAUGGGUGGAAAAUGCGGUUGGAGUAUAUCAGAGAGGCGUUUUUUUCUGUUAAAACAAGUAACCCAAAGUAAAGCUACAACUGUGUUGGACGCUUGAUACUUAAGGAAGCUUUGUUGUUGAAGUACACUCUUUUUGUUCUGUGUGGUCUGAAAAGGGGUGUCGUUUUACACUUUUUAUCAUGGCAUUUGAAUCGACUGCAGUUUGAACGUAGCUGCUGGGUUUCUUUUUUCUACACACACACAAAAAAACUGCUUGAAUAAAAUAUGUCACUUUUGGAUACAUUUUUGUUGGGUAUCUUUUUAAUUUUUUUUUUAAUAUGAGAAAAUAAUCUACACUGCAAAUAAAUAAAUGAACCAAAGAACGACCCAGGGCAGAACAAGAAGUCACAAGCCUGUGUUUGCGAUCUGCGGGAUCCCCUCUGCCAAAAUCGACAAGUGGACAAAUCCUUGAGGCCCGGGCCUUUUGCUGUAACGUUGGUUGAACAAACAGCAAAAGAUAACGCUUUGAUGUACACUGGCUUUUAUCCCUAAACUCAUAGUACACGACUUAUGAACUACAGAGUGCUGACUUUCUUUAGAUCAGGUUUUUUUUUCCCCUCGACGAAAUGAGGGAAGAAGACGGAGUGGGUUGCCGGGGACCUAUGGUUUUAUAACGCUGUACACUCGCUCUGCCCGUCGGAUUUGUGUUUUUCAAUGUGGAGUCUUGGUCUGUGCCUUUGUAAUUUGAAAUGAAAUAAUGGCGACACGAUGGACAGGUCCACCCGAGGAGGAUGGCGAGAGAAAACAUUCAUCGGGAUCAUCAGCGAGCGAGACAAAGCAGAAGGAUGUGUGUGAGCAGAGUGAGGGGGCUUCGCCGGGCGAGGAAGAGCUGUUCUCGUGGCCGGGGCCCAAGACCAUCCAGCUACGCAGAACCUCCCAGGGCUUCGGCUUCACUCUACGCCACUUCAUCGUGUACCCUCCAGAGUCUGCUGUCAGCUCCUCUCUGAAGGACGAAGAGAAUGGCAACAGAGGGAGACAGCGGAACAGGCUGGAGCCCAUGGAUACAAUCUUUGUUAAGCAGGUGAAGGAAGGAGGGCCUGCCCAUGAGGCUGGGCUCUGCACAGGAGACAGGAUUGUAAAAGUGAACGGAGAGAGUAUUAUUGGAAAGACGUACUCCCAAGUAAUUGCCUUGAUUCAAAACAGUGACCCUGUUCUUGAGCUCUGUGUCAUGCCAAAAGAUGAAGACAUUCUGCAACUGUUUUCAAAGGAUAUCACAGCUCUGGCAUAUUCCAAAGAUGCAUACCUAAAAGGCAAUGAAGCUUACAGUGGUAAUGCCCAGCACAUCCCGGAACCACCUCCUAUAUGCUACCCCAGAGUAGACGCUAAACCCCCAGCAAUGGCUCAGGCCCCCGAUGUGUCCCCCUCCAGCGAAGCAGCGCGGGGGGCUCCACAAAGCAGCAGCACCGGGGGGGGUAGAGGAACUUGGCUGGGGGUGCAACCUGAACUCGGGUACCGCCUGGAGAUCCCUGUUCACCCCUUGCUCCCACAGGUCCCCAAGACCCAAACGGUGGUGUGCGUGUGCAACGAGACUGUCAGAACUGUUGUCGUCCCCUCUGAGAAAGUCAUCGACCGGACAGCCCGGGUUAGUCGGUCAGGCCCCUCACACAGAACCGAGGAGGUCCGAUACAGUGCAGCGGUGGACCAGGCUGGAGCUGUUAAGAUAAGGACAAGACCUGCAAUAGUGUCCUCUGCUGUCGGGCAGCGCCAGUACCCCACUGCUCGACCGACUGAAACAACCAUCUUCUCUUCAGGGGGGCGACCUGUUAAUUAUGCUAACUGCCCCGAUGGACACAUAAUAUCUGGCAGGCCCCCGCUAACAGCGGCUGGUGAUCCUUUCCCAGUAGCCUCCAAUCACUAUUCCCCUUCUUCCUCAUCUACUUCCCCGGGAGCCCACCAGAGCAUUGACUGGCGGAACUAUAAAACCUACAAGGAGUACGUCGACAACAAGAGGCAGAAUAUGUACGGCUGCCGGACUAUCCAGGAGAGGCUGGACAGCUUGCGGGCUGCUGCCCAGAAUUCCACCGAUUACAAUCAGGCAGCGACGGGUCCCGGUGGUCCCCGGGGGGUAGGGGGUGCGCAGGUACGUCGAAGGAGCACCUCCCACGACCGGGCUUACCAGACGUCGGCGGCGAUGCCCAUUCGCUACCGUAGCAUCUCCCAAGAAAGACUGGGAGGGGGAGGGUCUGACCAGGAGGAACUCAUGAACGACUGGCCCAGGAGUGCUUCCCAGGAUGCCCUGACUUCCACGCCUGUAGGGGCACAGAACCCCCGGGCUCACUCUUGCGAUUACCUCGGGAGGCAGGCUGAGACGCCUCCAGGAGCCUGUUUCACCUCAGGACAGCCUGUGGAGAGGCGAGGUUAUGGCAGGUCUGAGCUUGAGCAGAGGCAUCAUCCUGCUUACUAUGAUGGGCCCUGGCUGCCCAGUAGGCAACCAGUCGGGCAACGUGCUGUCCAUCCGGCCCACAGGACUCCUAGCUUUACCAGUCCGCCUAGCAGUGGCUACAACUUGGAUGGCAGGAAGAGCGUCUCUGUCUCCCCUCACUUCCAAAAAGGUACGGAACACUUCCACCCAACUAGAGACUUCCAGCAGCACACAGCCCCAAUGUCAAUGGAAAGGCCCCCCUGCUUGGUGGUCAAAAGCUCUGGGCUGGAGCCUUCAACCUGUCCCAAAAGCCAGAUCUCCAGCAGCUUGGAUUCACUGAAAGACCAAAGAGCAGUUGUCGCUAACCACCUGCCCCACACAGUCCAGCACUUGCAGCCAGGGGCCCGAACCGAGACCGUGCCAGAACACGGCAUGGAGCCGGGGGUCUCCGGUAAGAUCCUGGCACAGCCCCUUACCUUUAGGUCCACACAACAACAGCAGAAACAGAGUCCCGCUACCUCCUCCAGCAAUGGUACUGCAUCUAUUAGAACCAAGAGCAGAGAUUCCUCAGGGAAAGAACACGGGAAAGAGCACACACACAGUACAGAGGUUCAGGAAACCACAACGGUGGUCCUGCGGGAGAAGCCCCUCUCGGGGAGGCCCACACCACAGCCCCUGAGACACCAGUCUUACAUCAUGGCCGUGAACGAGCCCGAACCCGAGCCCCUCUCGGACUCCACUUGCUGGCUGCCCAAUGACGCCCGCCGAGAGGUGAACAUGAAGCGCCUCGGAGAGCAGAGGAAAGCAUUCGGCUCCGGCUCUCAUGACGACUCCCUGGCUUCCAUUCCUUUCAUAGAUGAGCCUUCUAGCCCUAGCACGGACCAUGAUGUCACACACAUUCCAGCUUCUGCUGUGAUUUCUGUUGCACCAGCCAUAGCAACAAUUCCCCCCAGCCCAACCACCCCAUCUCCUCUCAUUCGACGCCAGCUAUCACAUGACCAAGAUUCUCUCAGGCUUAGUAUUGUGGAGUCCCAGUCGGCUGGAAAAACUGAGCGUUCAAAGUCAUGUGAUGAAGGACUGGAUAAUUACAGAGAGGAAGGGAGAUCAAGGUCAUCCAUUAAGCAUGUGUCGAGUCUGAAAGGACUCAAGAAGGCUGUUGAUGGCCAGAAGUCUUCAGAAGAUUCUAGUUCCAGGAGGGACUCCUCAUCGGAUGUCUUCAGCGAUGCCUCCAAAGAAGGAUGGCUGCACUUCCGCCAGAUUAGCACGGAUAAGAGCAAGCGGGUUGGCAGUGGCAUCAGGCCGUGGAAGCAGAUGUAUGCAGUUCUCAGAGGCCACUCGCUCUGCCUCUAUAAGGAUAAGAAGGAGCUUCUGAUGCAGGGAUCCUCCCAGUCCGAGGAAGAGCUCCAGCCAAUCAGCAUCAAGGCCUGCUUGAUUGACAUCUCCUACAGCGACACCAAGCGCAAAAAUGUGCUCCGGCUCACCACCUCAGACUGCGGGUACCUGUUCCAGGCCGAGGACCGAGAGGACAUGCUGUCCUGGAUCAGGGUCGUCCAGGAGAACAGUAACUUGGAUGAAGAGAACGCAGGUGUUACAAGCAGGGAUCUAAUAAGCAGGAAGUUAAAGGAGUACAAUACAAUGAUGAGUUCUUCUGGCAGCAAAACGGAACAGUCUCCCAAAACCCCCCGCCAGUCCCUCAGUAUUCGACAGACACUGCUGGGAGCAAAAGGGGAACAGAAGACCCAGAGUCCUCACUCUCCGAAGCAGGAUCCUGACAGAAAGCUUCUCAGUAAAGAUGACACAAGUCCACCAAAGGAUAAAGGAACUUGGAGAAAGGGCAUUCCCAGCCUAAUGAGGAAACCAUUUGAGAAGAAAGCAGUUCAAGGGGUGACGUUCGGAGUUAGACUGGACGACUGCCCUCCCGCUCAGACCAACAAAUUUGUGCCAUUGAUAGUUGAGAUCUGCUGUCAGCUAGUGGAGGAAAGAGGCCUUGAAUACACAGGCAUCUAUCGAGUCCCGGGGAACAACACAGCCAUCUCGAACAUGCAGGAGGAGCUGAACAAAGGAAUGUCUGACAUAGACAUUCAGGAUGACAAAUGGCGGGACCUGAAUGUUAUCAGCAGUUUGCUGAAAUCCUUUUUCAGAAAGCUUCCUGAACCUCUGUUUACAAAUGAAAAAUAUGCAGAUUUUAUAGAGGCCAACAGAACCAGCGACCCAGUGGAUAGAUUGAAAUGUUUUAAAAAACUUCUUCACGAGCUGCCAGACCAUCAUUUUGAAACUUUGAAGUUUCUGUCUGCACAUCUCAAGACUGUGGCUGACAACUCUGAAAAAAACAAGAUGGAACCACGGAAUCUGGCGAUCGUGUUCGGUCCCACUCUGGUCAGGACAUCAGAAGACAACAUGACCCAUAUGGUGACACACAUGCCAGACCAGUACAAAAUUGUAGAAACUCUUAUACAGCAUUAUCACUGGUUUUUUACAGAAGAAGGCAAUGAAGAUCCAAUGACUCCAGUUCGUCAGGAGAAUGCUGUUGAAUCUCAGCCAGUGCCAAACAUAGAUCAUUUGCUCACCAACAUUGGAAGGACUGGAGGUUCUCCAGGAGAUGUAUCAGGUAACUUGCCUGGACCAGAUGCGCUUUGGGAUUCAGCCACUAGUGACUCAGCAAAAUCUAAGGGUUCUUGGGGUUCUGGAAAGGAUCAGUACAGCAGAGAACUGCUUGUGUCCUCAAUCUUUGCCGCAGCCAGCCGCAAACGAAAGAAGCCGAAGGACAAGCCGCAGCCGAGCAGCUCGGACGACGAACUGGACAGUGUGUUUGUAAAGAAGGAACACGACACAAACAGGUCCAAUGACGGCACAGGCAAAGUGGAGGCGGACAAAGAGACUGUUACUCUGAACCAAAAAGGAUGGUCUAGAGAGAGUCAGGAUAUCAAAAAGGACAUCCAUAAAAUCACUGAUUUAGUGACCAGGUGUAAAAAGGACAACAGAAAUUCCUUUUUCAUGAGAGAGAAAUUGCCCUCAGGACAGCCUUCUCCUUGUCCUUCACCGAGCCCAAAACGCACCGAAUCUCCAAGCCUCAGUUACCGACUUCAGGCAUUGGGAAAAUCCUCUCUCUCUGAUCCUCCUUCCCAGCUUGAUGAUGCGUCAGAUCUAGGUACGAUGAACAGUACAAGCUCCCAGGCUUCUCAAAGGACGCGCUACAGGAAGUGGACAACUCCUGACAUCAAGGGUAACGAGUCCAUAGCGGCAGAGACCAGCUCUAUCACAUCAGAUUAUUCAACCACAUCAUCUAUGACAUACCUGACUGGUGUGGAGUCUAGUAUCUUGAGCCCGGAGGUUCAGUCUGUGGCAGAAAGCAGGGGAGAUGAGGCUGAUGAUGAACGGAGCGAACUAAUCAGCGAAGGACGGCCGAUGGAGACGGACAGCGAAAGUGACUUCCCUGUGUUUGCAUCACUCUCAGCUCCUGAAAAGACUCUGCGGGAGGUGUUCCAGGAAAAGGGUCUCCACAGCCGGAGAGGGUCGAUGGGGAGUGAGCUUGCAGGAACGGAGGGCAGCACCACACCAAAGCUAGACAGUCAUCGGGGGUUUGUGUCUCACAAGCUGAUUGAGUGUGACACACUCUCCAGGAAAAAGUCAGCGAGGCAGAAAACUGACAGCGAGUCUUCAGCAGAGACACGGAGUGACAAGGAGUCAAACAGGUUGUCGCGGGUGUUUGAGGUGAUGAAGAAGGGAAAAUCGACUGGGAGCUUGUCAUCAAACAAAAGCGAGCCCGAGAAGCAGGAGCCGGCAUGGCGACUGAAGAUCACAGAGAGGUUAAAGUUUCGUUUGAAAAGUUCGGCAGAUGACAUGUUCGGGGUCGGCACGCAAGCAACCAGAUCUCCAGAGACACGGAAAAAAAAAAUCAGACGGAGACACACCAUGGGAGGACAGCGAGACUUUGCGGAGUUAGCCAUCAUGAAUGACUGGAAAGAGCAGGAGCAAGCAGAUGAAGAAUCCGAGCUGUCUGCCAUGGACCGGCUGAAACCCAAAUGUAACUCCCAGGACCUUUCCAUCAGGGAGUGGAUUGCACGAGAGCGCUUCCGCACCAGCAACCCGGACGUCAACACAGACUCGCCAGCAGAGCCGGCUGCAGGAGCCAGGAGCCAGGGGGAAGGGUCCAAGCCAGAGAUGCCUUUAUCUGUUCAGGAAGAUGCAGACAGCUCUAGCAGUGUAGCUCAGAUCAGUAGGCCAUCUCUAUCAGAACAACUGAACGGUGACAGUCGGGACAAGAACAAAACAAACUUAAGCCCUGCAGUGGACGCCCAUCCUCACAAAUUAUCUGGCGCCCAAGUGGUUAGGUCACGGUUCUAUCAGUAUCUUUAAAAAAUAAAUAAAUAAAGAAACAACUCUGUGUGUGUGUGUGUGUGUGUGUGUGUGUGUGUGUGUGUGUGUGUGUAUGUAUGUGUAUAUAUAUAUAUAUAUAUAUAUAUAUAUAUAUAUAUAUAUACACACACACUCUAUAGACUCUAUAGCUAGUUGCUUGUAAUAAUUGUAUUUUUAAACUGUAAAUAUUUAUCUCUGUACUUGAACUGUGUAUUUGGGUUCCUGUUUUACAGCCUCUUUAAAGGCUGGUUUCUGUGCUGUGUACUGUGGAAACUCUUUGCAGUGCAUUGUGACAGCCAGACAUUCUGUGCUCGUAAAAUUAAAUAAAAUAUCUUUUAUAUGACUUUAAAAAUAAAAAUGUACAAAGCGAGUGCUGAACAACACUUCUGAUGCAAUAUUUCUGUAUUAAGGUUUUACCAUUAUCGACAACUAGCGUCAUAAUGCAAAAAAAAAAAGGAAAAAAAAACGAUAUUCAUCAGAUCUUACAGAUGUUUAUUCACAAAAGAAAGUGCCUCAUUAUGAUUUGGUUCUGAGAUAGUUAGGGUGCCAUAUUGUCUUUUGCUCAAAUAUUUAAAAUGUACUGUGAAUGACUGACUGAAUUUUAUCUACAGCUCAGUUUUCAUGAAGACAGAGUUCAACACAAGCCGAAUCAGAGCUUCCAUUCUGUAGGCAUUCCACUUGGGUCUUAAAGGGUUUUAUAUUCAGAAUUAUUAUUAUUAUUAUUAUUAUUAUUAUUAUUAUUAUUAUUAUUAUUAUUUUUUUUUUUUUUUUUUAAAUGAGACUUGAAGUUUUUAAUAUUUCUGUAAAAUAAGUAACUUUAAUGUACAUAUUUCAUGUCUUCUUUUAUUUUCCCCUCAAAGGCCAGAUUUAAUAAAUGUUGUAAUAUAGGCAUGUAGAUGGUGGACCCUGGAAGAACUGGUCAUUUGAUCAUUUUUCUUCAUCUCUGAAACUGCAUGAAUAAAUGUGUCCUGAAACUGGACAUUGUAUCAUGCCUGUGUACAGCCAUGUAGGGGGGAGAUGCCCCUAAAACACUGGAAAUAAAUACAAUCUUUCUGUGA